AUGCCGGAUGAUCGAAUAUCGUUUUCUGCUGCUCCUGUGAGCUUCCGUUUGCUCUCGUUUCUUCUCUUCCUGCUUCUAAUGGUCUCCUCCUCUGGCGCUGAUUGCGUCCCAUCCCCGUUCAGUGUGGGGGUUGGCAAUGUGUCUCUCACCAACAACCAAGUCGCACGCGGGCUCGAGAUCUCUGUAGGGACACCUGCUCAGCCGUUUGCCUUCCUUCCGCAGUGGUCACUGAACAACACAUUCGUCUAUCCCACAGACUGGGACUGCGGGACCAACUGGGCUGAAGCAGGCUGCAUGACCUUCCGCGGAGGAUUGUUCGAUAAAUCAAAGUCAACUUCUGUGGGAGCGACUUCUACAGACUCUUAUCCGACAGACAGUUCGCCAUAUCCCUCUCUAGAAAUGUUCAGUGAUACCCUAACCCUCACAUCCAGCAUCAAUGUGACCAAAUUUCCCAUUGGAAUGCCAAAGUCAGACUGGGGAGAGCAAGGAUACCAUCCGCAGGCGGCUAUAGGACUGGGCCGCAAUUCCACCUUGUUGAAUGCACUCGUCAGUACGGGCAAGAUCGCCUCAAGAUCCUGGGCCAUGUUUUGGGGCCGUCAAGGGGCGACAGCAGACGCACAGAUGGACGGCAACUUUGUGUUUGGUGGCUACGACCGCGCCAAGGUCUCUGGGGCCAACUUCACCCAGGGCUUAGUCUAUUCUAACCCGGCGUGCAGCACUGGUAUGCUCGUAACCAUCACCGAUAUUUCACUGAACUGGAGCAAUGGUACGACCACAAGUCUUUAUGACGGGACCCAAUCGACCGCCAUGUCGGCCUGCAUUGUUCCGGAUUACCCCGUCCUGAUGACCAUCCCUUAUGAGCCAUAUUUCAAACGAUUCUCGAGCGUGACGGGGGACAACAUUUUCUCCUUCGGCCGCUCAUUCGGCAUCAAUUACUAUGGGAUGCUGUAUCCUUCGGGUGAAAGCCCAUACUCUGGCGAUCUAUCCAUCACCCUUAGCUCAGGCUUGACAGCGCGCAUUGCGAACAAUCAGCUCGUCAUUCCCGAGCUCACCAUCGACGAAACUUCCGGAGCAAUUUUGGCCAACGCGUCCGCUCCCGAGCUUGUACUCAACUCCAUGCAACAAGUAAACGCCGACGAUUUGCCCCAGCUAGGCCGCCAAUUUCUCAGUAGUGCCUACGUAAUGGUCAAUCAGGACGCGGGCCAGUUCACCCUGUGGGCAGCCAAGCCCACAACCGAGGAAGAUCUUGUCGCCGUCAAUACGGACAAUCGCGUCUAUGAUUCCUUUUGCGCGCCAGGAGUGACCAAUCUCAUCACUUCCACCCAAUCCACCAGCAACCCGGAUGCCACCAAGUCGGCCGCGCCUGACAGCAACACUGGACAGUCUCAGAAGACCGAGGGUGCAAGCACCGGGCUAUCCUCUGGGGCGAUUGCGGGCAUUGUAGUGGGGGGAGUGGCUGGUGCAGCCUUGGUCGCUGCUGCUAUACUCUUUGCAAUCAUUAGAAGAAGAAGAAGACAGACGAAACUGUCACCUGAGACUGCGGAGGCGCCUGCAGAGCUCUUCGCCCCGAAGGUGAUUGAUCAGACACCUCGUGCCCCCCAGGAGCUCCCCGGGCACGUGCCAAAUGGAAGUACUGAGAGGUGGGAACUGGAAUGA